AAACCCAUAAAGGAGGCUCUGUACUUGAAUACCGAUCUCUUCAACAACGCUACUCUGGAAGACUGCGUUUGGAGGCGGGAGCGCGAACCCUGCCCUGAUCCUAAUGUUACGCUCAACUUGUACACAGAAGCUGAACCUUAUAAAAAACAGGUAGACCUGUUUACUGAAGACUGGCUCCGUCAAAGCAGUUGGGAACCUUCGCAUGAAACAAUCCUUCUGGUGCACGGAUAUGCUGGCGGCGAUGACACUUUACCUAUCAUCGUUCUUCGAGAUGCAUACUUACGUCGCGGUGGCUACAAUGUAUUCAUGCUGGAUUGGGGACAACUGAGUCAACCUCCGUGCUAUGUCGCAGCAGUACAUAAUCUGCGUCCAGUAGCACGAUGUGUAGCGGAGACCUUAGGAUCUUUAAGACGAGCCGGUCUGAGGCCUGACAGACUUACGUGUGUCGGUCACUCGCUAGGAGCUCAUAUGUGUGGCAUCCUGGCCAAUUAUUUGAAUUUCAGGCUUAAUAGGAUUAUUGGUUUAGACCCUGCUCGACCUCUUAUCCGCUCUGCGCCAGCGCUACGCUUGGAUCCCGGAGACGCGCGCGCCGUACACGUACUUCACACGAACGCAGGACGAUAUGGCGAAGGCGCGAGGCUAGGACACGCGGACUUCUGCCUCAAUGGUGGCAGGAGCCAGCCUUAUUGUGAAGAUACUCCUAAUGAAGCGCUCUGCAGCCACGUGUGGUCGAUCUGCUACCAGGCGGAGAGUCUGUUCCGCGCGAGACCCGCAGCGCCGUGCGGGCGCCGCUGUUCCGUGCGAGUGCCGCCCGCGCGAGCCUCUGCCCUCCCCGUGCCCUUGGGCCAGCCGGCGCCCAUGACGGCUUCCGGAGCCUACUGUCUAGAAGACUUCACGACUCCGUUCUGCCCAGCCACCACAGGUCUAGCUGAGGGUGAUGAACGCUGUUGUCUGGACAAGUUGUACGCAGCCGCCGCGACCACGACCAAGCCGCCGAGGACUCGACCACGACCAUCCUCAAGAUUGCGAUCACGAGCUAGACCACAUGACCAGAAUAACACUCUUGAUCGUUUUUAA